AUGGGGAUCUCUCAUCAGGCCAAAAAACCCUCAGCAGGACGACCUGGAAGCAGCAAAACCACGACCCACACACCUCUGCGCAGUCGCGUUGCACAGAAUCGCUCCACGCCCAUACGGACAGUGCACAUUCGGCCACUGCCGACGCGAACCACACCCUCACGCAAACAGCACGCUCAGACUGCGCAGACACGCAAGGUGCAUACACAUCUGACGCAGACGCAUGCGGCGAGCUCGCAGCUGGCACAUUUCUAUUCGACACAGCACUGUGACCAGCACACAGCACACAGCGAUCACUCAGGCUGCACCUUCUACUGCUAUUUCUGCUACUGCUGUUACUGCUGCUGCCUCACGUUGCUCUCUUUCUCUCUCCUCCUCCUCCUGUCUCCACCUCCCCAUGCUCCUCCCCCUGCCUCCCUCUCCUCAAAUUCUACCCCUCCUCCCUCCUCCUCCCCUUCGCCAUCAUCAACUUCCUGUUUGGAUGAACUUUCCUGCACCUACCCUGACAUCAACCUGACUUCUUCUGCUGCCUCUCCUCACUGCCCUGUACCGCCUUGCCUGUUUUCUGACGAUUCCUCCCCUCUCUCCCCCGUUCCAUCUUCUGCCUCUCCUGACCUCACCACCUCUGACCAACUCACCUCCUCUUGCCAUCGCUCCCCUCCUCCAUCUACUGUGGCCUUUUCUCCCACUCCGUCUCCUCCCUCUCCUCUGGCUUCUGAAUCCUUACUCCCCCUCCAACGUCCUAUUCUAUGCCGGCCGCGGCCUUCCUCGCGCUCUCUGCCCUCCCUCCUCCUCUGUCCUCCCAGCUUUGGGGACCCAGGCUUGUCUUCUGCGUCCACUCUGGAGCACGUCCCCACCGGGAUGGCCCGGCCUCGGACACUGCUGCGCCAGCAGAGUCUUCAGCAGCCUCUCAUCCACCCGUCAGCCCCUGGUCUUGGCCAGCCCCCCACCACAUCCCAGAGCCUGGGACAGUUGCACACUGCACCUGGCCAACCCGGGGGAGGUGGUGGCACAGGGGGGGGAGGAGGAGGUGGCAGCAGUGGUGGGGGUGGGGGUGCAGGCACACGAGGGGGUCCCCGGGGUGCACGGGGCAGUCCAGCAGGAGCAGGUGCCUCUCGCUAUAGGGGAGGCGGACCAGGAGGGCGCUCACGUGCCAAUCCUGGCAGCUGGGAUUACAUGAUGGGCCAGAUCCGAAGUCGCGGCCUGGAUGUCAAGUCCUUCCUUGAAGGGAAGAUGGUGGUCCUGUCUUUGGCCAUUGGUUUGGCCGAGCAAGAUGACUUUGCCAAUAUCCCUGACCUGCAGGAAACAGCGCAGGCAGCACCAGCCAAUCAGGAGCCCCCUCCUGAGAAGAGGGGCAACAAGCCAGCAAACAGCCCCAAGGGCCAACCCCCUGAUGCAGAUGGCCACUCCUCUGUGACUGACCUGGCCAACUCCCUCACCGGAGACAUGGUGAUGCUGUCUCCAGGUUCGGAGGACGAUGACGGUGAAGGGCCUAUCAGUGAGAAGCUGGGCCGGAUCCAGUUUAGCAUAGGCUACAGCUUCCAGGACUCAACCCUCACUGUCAAAGUUCUCAAGGGCCAGGACCUCCCUGCCAAGGACUUCUCCGGCACCUCCGACCCCUUCGUCAAACUCUACCUGCUGCCCGACAAGAAGCACAAGCUGGAGACCAAGGUCAAGAGGAAGAACCUCAACCCGCACUGGAACGAGACCUUCCUCUUCGAGGGUUUCCCAUAUGAGAAGGUGAGAGAGCGCACUCUCUACCUUCAGGUGUUGGACUACGACCGCUUCAGCAGGAAUGACCCCAUUGGAGAGGUGUCAAUCCCCCUUAACAAGGUGGAGCUGGGACAGAUAAAGACGUUCUGGAAGGAGCUCAAGCCCUGCAGUGAUGGCAGUGGGAGACGAGGAGACCUGCUGGUGUCUCUUUGCUAUAAUCCCACUGCCAACACCAUCACUGUGAACAUCAUCAAAGCACGCAAUCUCAAAGCCAUGGAUAUCGGGGGCACCUCAGAUCCCUAUGUGAAGGUGUGGCUGAUGCACAAGGACAAGCGUGUGGAGAAGAAAAAGACGGUGGUGAUGAAGCGCUGUCUGAACCCAGUCUUCAACGAGUCUUUCCCCUUCGAUGUGCCCGCCCAUGUGCUGAGGGAGACCACCAUCAUCAUCACUGUCAUGGACAAGGACAGGCUCAGCCGCAACGACGUUAUCGGCAAGAUCUAUCUAUCGUGGAAGAGCGGGCCAGCGGAAGUGAAGCACUGGAAAGACAUGAUGGGUCGGCCGCGUACUAACGUCGCCCAGUGGCACGCUCUCAAGGCCUGAUCGCGCCGCCCAGCUUCCUCCACGGCCCCUCCCCAUCUCCUGUUUUCCCUUCCCCUCCCCUUCUACUCCCGUCCUUAUGCACAAGACUGACUUGCUGCCAGGCUGCGAAACACGGGUACAAUUAGCCAUCUGCUCUCUUAAACCUUUAAACUCUUUUCUCUUCUCUCCAAACCUCUAUCUUCUCUAUUUUCCUCCGACUCUCCUCCCCUCUCCCUCUGUUCCCUCUCAUUCAGCCCUGUUUUAAUUUCUGUGUCUACCACUUUGCCAAUGGUCCCCCUGUUUCUGACUGUCUGUAUGUCUGUCUGUCCUUAUGCACUUCGCCUGUGAAAAUCUAAUGUUCUGUUUGUCUCUUUGUUGACCCUCCCUCUUUGAGAGACCCCCAGCCCCUGACCUAAAUAAGGUGCCAGUCCCGUGGGAUCACAGAGAAUCUUAAGUAUGGCAUAAUGAUCUAAUCUCAUGUAAUCCUACUCUAUGACUAUUCCAGGUAAACAAUACUAUACAGUAUGUGCUAUAUGUACGUAAUAUAAAUAGAAAUUAAUUACGUAAUAUAUAGAUAUGGCGUAUAGAUUGGCAGGACCCCCUAAACACAUUAGGAAUAUGUUUUGUCCAUACCCUGCCUUAUUGUCCCUCCAAUGUCCAUCUCUCCUGUCUUUUCAUUUGUUGGCUUGUCUUUGUCGUGUGUCCCGAUAGUACUAUGUCCUCCCCCACAUUUUGGCCCUCUUUCUUUUCACUGAAAAGUGGUUUAAUGUUCAGCUGAAGUUGUAGAAAGCAAUCACUGUACGGUUUGUAAUGACUUUCCUGAAAUCAGCUGGACUCAAAGGAAUUGUUGAUACUGUCUCUCUCACCCUCUCUUUUCUUCUCUAUACCUUUCUGUCUCUCUCUUUUCUUGUUGUUCUCUCUCUCUCUCUCUCUCUCCCUCUCUGUCUCUCUCUCCCUCUCUCUCUUUCUCUCUCUCUCUCUCUCUCUGCCUUUCUUCCUCUGGCACAACAUUAGUGAACCUUCCCCUUUCUGGACCCCUUGUCGUCUGUGUGCUGUGGGUGCUGUGCUGUAGCUCCAACAAAAGUAGAGAUUAAAAAAACACUGAACCUACCGAACUGGGAAAGCAGGAACACAAUAAACUUCUGAAAUGGAUCACUCCUGGGUUUUCCAGACAAAUGCCCUGACAUGGAGAGAGAAAAAAGAAGAUGAAAAAAAAAGAAAAAAAAAAGAAAAAA